CGCUUGCUCGCCUCGUCCGUCUCGGCAGCCGAUCCCCCGUGGCGUGUUUGUGAUUAUUUCGUUUGUUUACUCGUGAACUACGUGAGCGGCACAAUGAAGACUGCCAGAGCGAUCCCCGUGAAAAUAGAGACGACGAACGGCAAGUUCUCAGUCGGACGACGACGAAUGCGGGGCGAACAGAGGCGGCUCGGACGACUGCGACGACAAAGAGGAGUCGCCGCCGAACUCCAAGCUCAAAGGUGGGAAGCGCAAGCGGCAUUCUAACGGUGACGCUCCCGGCAGCAGCCAGCCCACUCUGACCGCGCUGUUCAGUAAAAUGGCAAAGCGUGUCAAAAGCGAGAACGGCGAACAAGCCGUGAGCAAGAAACCGCCCGCCGCCGAGGUGAGCUACACCCGUUGCUCUGAUUGCCGCCAGGUGCUCGACGCCGCCGAGUUGCGGCUGUUCGAGGGUGACCCCGCGGACGCCGUCGACGAGUUCACAGCGCUAACCGAUCCGCGGCUGAGCGUGUUCAAUGACGGCGAUGCCGUCGACGACGGAGGCGACGACGUCAUGGACACGCCGCAACACAAGCUCACUCAGUUCACCGUCUACGACCGCCACACGCAUCUGUGCCCCAUAGAUGCCGGCCUGAUCGAGCGAGACGUGGAGCUUUACUUCAGCGGAUACGUCAAGCCCAUUUACGACGAGGACCCUUCGCCCGAGAACGGUAUCUGCUGCAAGGCGAUGGGACCGAUCGGUGCGUGGUGGACCGCCGGUUUCGACGGUGGCGAGAAAGCCGUGAUCGGAUUCACGACUCCGUACGCCGACUACGUGCUCAUGGCGCCCAGCGAGCAGUACGCUCCUUUCAUCGACGCCAUCAAGGAGAAGAUCUACAUGAGUAAGCUAGUGAUCGAGACGCUCGUGAAGGAGCCGAACACGACGUACGAGGACCUGCUCAACAAACUCGAGCUGACGCCCCCGCCUCAGGGUAUCGCCAAGUUCACCGAAGAUGCCCUGCUUCGAAACGCCCAGUUCGUAGUCGACCAGGUGCAAAGUUUCGACGUCAGUGGAGACGAUGACGAGGCGCACCUGAUCGCGACCCCAUGCCUGCGGAGCGUGGUUCACCUGGCUGGAGUGACGUUGGGCCAGCGCCGAGCGAUGCGCCGUGGUCGACGCGAAGUGUUGCCCAAAAAGCCCGUCGGCACGCUGGCGACGACGACUCCGUUGGUGCGAGACGUCUUCGAAGUUCUCUUCCACGGCCAGAUCGACGACAAGGCUUCCAACACCGCCCGGCGCAAGCGGUGUGGAGUCUGCGAAGCCUGCCAGUCGGCCGACUGCGGCAAGUGUAAGGCCUGCAAGGACAUGGUAAAGUUUGGCGGCACUGGCCGUCAGAAACAGUGUUGCGUGGAGAGGCGUUGCCUCAACAAGGUCUUCCAGGAGGCGGAAGAAGACGACGGCGACACGGAAGAGAUGGAGGCCGAGCUCGACCGCAAGGCCGCGCAGGCAGAGGCUCCUUCCUCGACGCGCAAGACGGUGCGGCGCGGAGCCAGCGACGUCAGAUGGGCCGACGAUAAGCCAGUCGCAAAGCUCAACAAGAAGUUUUACUACUCGCGCGCCUUGGUCAACGACCAUGAACUGCGCUGGGGUGACUUCGUGCUCGUGACUCCCACGGAUCCCGGUACGCCUUUGGACGUGGCCCGAGUCGUGUACAUGUACGAAACCCCUUCGGGUGAGAAGAUGUUUCACGCGCAUUGGUUCUGGCGGGGUUCGGACACUGUUCUGGGUGAGUCAUCUGACCCUCGCGAGCUGUUUCUCGUCAAUGAAUGCGACAAUCAGAGCCUGAGUGCCGUGAGGGACCUCUGUACUGUAGUGCACAAACCGGCAGCUGAGGACUGGUUCUCACGUGGCGGCGUGCACUGUUUGGAGGACGAGUGCGUGCUGCAGGGUGAAGACGACGGCAGGUCGUUCUUCUAUCAGAAAGCCUACGAAGCGGAGCAUGCACGGUUCAUCGACCCGCCCGAACUGCCUUGUCCGGAGGAGUGUGACGUGACGCAAGCGUGUACGUCAUGUCGCCAUGCGGAAGCGCAGGAAAAACUGAAGACCCCCGUUCCCGGAGACAUCGUUGAGGAAGAGAACGGCAGGAUCUGUUAUUCGAGCAUCUCGUUCCAGGGCAAGUCCUUCUGCAUCGGCGAGUGUGUCUUCUUGGAGCCGGACGCUUUCGAAUUCGACUACCAGCCGGCUAAAAGCAAGAACAAGGUCAGCAUCAAAAAGGAAGAUGUAGACGAGGAGGUGUACCCGGAGUACUACCGCAAACGUUCAGAAUACAUUAAGGGAUCAAACGCCGACGUGCCCGAACCGUUCAAAAUUGGCAAGAUCUUGUCGAUUUACAAAAAAUCUAGCAGUGGCAAGUGCCAGCCCGAAAUGUUCAGACUUAGAGUCAAGAAGUUUUACCGCUCUGAGAACACGCAUCAGCCAAAACUGGAUGCCGACCUGUGCCUCUUGUACUACUCUGAAGAAGAAGCCGUCGUCGAGCUGAACCAGGUGUGCGGCAAGUGUUACGUCGUGUAUGGCGAGAACUUGGCCGAGGAAGUCGAAGACUAUCUUCGCCGAGGCCCCCACAGGUUCUACUUCACCGAAGCGUACGAAAGCAAGUCCGAGAGCUUCGUCGAGCCUUCGUCCAAGGCGCGCAUGAUGGGUUGUCUUGGCAAAGGAAAAGGUAAGAAAGGCAAGAGCUCGACCAAAACCAUUGCCAUCGAGCCACCGGAAGAGUUCUACGUUCCACAGCGCAAGCUGCGCAGCCUCGACGUUUUCGCGGGCUGCGGAGGCCUGUCUGAAGGGCUUCACCAGGCCGGCGUUAGUGAGACCUGCUGGGCCAUCGAGCGAGAGGAGCCCGCGGCCACAGCCUUCCGUCUCAACUUUCCCGACGCUACUAUCUUCACGGAUGACUGCAAUCGCCUGCUGCGGCUCGUCAUAGACGGCGAGACCGUCAACGAGCGGGGACAGUUGCUACCGCAGAAGGGAGACGUCGAGCUGCUCUGCGGAGGACCUCCGUGCCAGGGUUUCAGCGGCAUGAACCGCUUCAACUCGAGGCAGUACUCCCAGUUCAAGAACUCGCUAAUCGCCUCGUAUCUCAGCUACUGCGAGUACUACCGGCCUCGCUUCUUCCUGCUCGAGAAUGUGCGCAACUUCGUCUCCUUCAAGCGCAGCAUGGUCCUCAAGCUCACCCUGCGCUGCCUCAUCAGUAUGGGCUACCAGUGCACCUUCGGCGUGUUGCAGGCCGGCAACUAUGGAGUGCCACAGACGCGGAGGAGAGCAAUCAUCCUAGCAGCUGCCCCGGGAGAGAAGCUUCCGCUCUAUCCUGAACCGCAGCACGUGUUCGCUCCACGGGCCUGCCAGCUGACCGUCAUGGUGGAUGAGCGCAAGUAUCUGUCCAACUGCAAGUGGUCCUCGUCCGCUCCGCUUAGAACCAUCACCGUCCGCGACGCCAUGUCCGACUUGCCGGAGAUCCGUAAUGGUGCCAAGAUGAACGAAAUUCCUUACGGCGCCCAGGCCUUGACCCCGUUUCAGAAGGUGCUACGUGCCGGAGGCGCAGUGCUGCGUGAUCACGUCUGCAAGGAGAUGGCACCCUUGGUUGAGGCCCGGAUGCAGCACGUUCCCCUGGGUCCGGGCUCCGACUGGCGCGACCUGCCAAACAUCGUGGUGCGGCUCUCGGACGGCGUGACGUACACGAAGAAGCUUCGCUACACGCACCAUGACCCCAAGAACGGCAAGUCAUCGACAGGCGCCCUGCGAGGCGUCUGUCCAUGCGCAUCAGACAAGCCUUGCGAUCCUUUGUGCCGCCAGGACAAUACCUUGAUCCCAUGGUGCCUGCCUCACACUGGCAAUAGGCACAACCACUGGGCAGGGCUAUACGGUCGACUCGAGUGGGAUGGCUUCUUCAGCACGACGGUGACCAAUCCAGAGCCGAUGGGCAAGCAGGGAAGAGUCCUGCACCCCGAGCAGCACCGAGUAGUGAGCGUCAGGGAGUGCGCGAGGUCGCAGGGUUUCCCGGAUACUUACCGCUUCUUCGGCACCAUUCUGGACAGGCACCGCCAAGUGGGCAAUGCCGUGCCGCCGCCUAUGGCUCGAGCCAUCGGUCGCGAGAUCCUCAAAUGCCUUGCCGCUGAAGGGCAGGACAAUUGCAACUGACUCAGUAGCGCUGGAAUGUGGCAGUCAAAUGUGCCUUUGGGGUGAAUGUACCCUCCCUAAUGACUGAAAAGCUGUGUUCUCCUGGUCUUUACCAGUUUUUAUGUUAAUUACGGUUUAGCCGAUGCUUGUUUUUUAA